AUGGAAAACGGGAAGGAGAAAAAUGAGUGGAUGUCUGUUCCUCAAUUUGGAGGAUGGGAUCAGAAGGCUGGAGUCGCUACUGAUUAUUCCAUGGUGUUUUCCCGAGCUCGGGCUAACAGGAAGCAGCACAAAACUGAGUUGAAUCGUCGCAGCCUCGGAAAUGAGCAAGAGCUUCUUGCUAAACAGCAGACUGAUGAUUCUGUCGUGGGGGUACUGGAUUCACUCAACAUUUGCUUCUCUGCCUGUGUACUUGUAGCUGGGGCAGGUCCUAAUCAAGCUCUGUAA